AUGGCGGCCCUCGCUACAAAGCUUGCGCUCACAAGCUCCCCAUGCCUCUCAUCCGUGUCCCUCCGACGGGGAUCCGCCCUCCCCGUCGUGUCGGUCGCGCCUGUCAGGAAGACCCGCGCUGCUGCCGGUCGCGUCGUGGCCUCCGCCGCGACCACCGAUAUCGAGGAGCUCGUGUCGCAGAUUAAGAACCUCACGCUCAUCCAGGCCAGGACUCUCACUGACAGGCUGCAGGAGGAGCUCGGCGUGUCCGCCGCUGCCAUGAUGCCGGUUGCCGGCAUUGCCGCUCCCGCCGCCGGCGAGGCCGCUGCUGUGGUUGAGGAGCAGACGGAGUUCGACCUGCUUCUGGAGGAGGUCCCUGCUUCGUCGCGUAUCGCUGUCAUCAAGGUUGUGCGAGCGAUCACCGGUCUUGGCUUGAAGGAGGCCAAGGACAUGAUUGAGGGUCUUCCUAAGAAGGUUAAGGAGGCUGUUUCUAAGGAGGAUGCGGAGGAUGCGAAGAAGCAACUGGAGGGUGCCGGCGCCAAGUGCAGCAUCAAGUAA